AUAUCCUGUGAAUAUCAGAGAAUCAGGUAUAUAAGCACUGAACUUGCUCCACUGCGAGUUUAAAUUGACUAGAUGUCAUACUUUAAAACUGCAGCCAAGCUGUCUGAUACGCCCAAAGAAGAGAUGGACGGCGGUGUUGACUGUACUAAAACAGCAUGCAGUGAACUGGAUGAAAUUCGCGCGCAGAUAGCGGAUUUGGAUAAAUGGAGAGAGAUAUUUAACUCCCGCGGGUUGGAAUUACAAGAUUGCAUUGUUAAAAGACCUGUUGAGAAACUUAAAGCUGAUGAGGACAGUGACGACUCUACCAGACCUACAACCUCGGGCAAGUUAGCAGGGCCCUAUUCUAUACCUCAAACCCUCACAGUUUGUCCAAGUAUGGGUGGGCAACCUCUGUCACCAGAGCUUGCAGUGAGUUUAAGAAAAGUCUUGUUUGGUAACACCUUCCAUACUUUUAACUAUGAGUGGAAGAAAUCAUUCUUCAAGUUUCGGGAGCCUUUCUCGGACAUGUCAUAUGCGCUGGAGACUGAGAGGGGGGGAGCCCGUGCUAUUCAGAUGGUGGUUCAGGCACAUGUAAUAAAAUACCUGCUGUUUGGCCGGCCAUUGAACUCAGACAGCAAAAUGCAAAGUUUGAAGGAAGUAGGGGAGGUGGAACAGAGGAAGGCACUGGCGGCUGCUCUGACUGACAUCUUGUGGACAGCUGGUGAGGAGCAGACAGCAACGGUCUGCUUGGUCACAUCAGAGCGCUGUUUUACACCCCAUCUGGACUUUAAGUUGGAUAGUUUCACAGAAAGGCUACAACUUUUCACCUUUAAUAAACAAGAAGAUGUUGGAGCAUUCAUAUCCGAUCACAUCCAGUGUUUUAAGGAAGAAGGAAGUCACGGAGUCAUACUGUUUCUGUACAGCCUCAUCUUCUCCAGGUCUAUUGACAGGAUACGAGCCGACUUCGAUGUCACCACCUCUCAUCUUUUGCAUUUAAGUUUGGGAAACUUUGUGUGUCGACAGGCUCUUUUAAACCUGCUGUUGACCGGGCGUGCCAGCCCUAAUGUCUUUAAUGGGACAUUACACAAUGAUGAGCAUGGCAAACCUCUCGAUCACCCAGUCCAUGGCGUUUUGACCCGCGGUGAUGUUGGAUAUCUACACUGGAGCAGAGAAGAAGUUAACUAUGCAAAGCUGCCUCAGGUUGGCAGCAUGUUGAAAACACCAAAGUUGCCUAUCUGGGUGUGCAGCAUUAAUGGCACAUACAGCGUUCUGUUCAGCCCAAAACAAUCGCUGCUGUCUGAUUGGAGAAUGGAGCACCUGUUCCAUCUCUACUUCUACAAUGGUCAGCUGACUCAGAGCCAGAAUGCAAUGCUCACCAUAGACACACACUCCCAUCACUGGCAAGCUGAAAAUAAUGACAUUCAGGGAGAUCCAGAGAAAAAGUUUCCAUCUCUAGAGAUGACCGUAAGGACCAAAUGGGAGGGAGCUGUUAUCGACUGGAACGGGACUGUGCCUUUUUUCUGAAGUC